UACUCAUUCACGGAGGGAGGAGGGGAGGCCCUCAUCUGUCACCAACUCCCCCUCUUUUCCCUCCAUAAAUGGCUUCCUAUCAUCAUUCAUCCCACCACUAACGCAUUAAAAUAGUAAAGUAUUCCUUCACCAUAACACUCUUCUCUCCUCUCCUCUCCAUACUUUGAAAGAAAAAAACGUUAUCUCAAAGCGAAAAUCCUCCCAAAACUGGAUUAAGAAGAGCAAAUAAAAAAAAAAUGAACCCCAAGAGCACCUUCAUCUUGGCUGUUCUGCUACUUACAGCUUCACUAACUGCAGCAGCUAGGCCAGACUCAUUUGAAGCUUUAUCAUCUGAGCAAAAGGGCAACAAAGGCAGCGGCAAACCAGGCAACCAAAACAACAAAGGUAGUGGUGGAAACACUGGUGGGAUGGGCGGCUUCUGGGGUCCAGGGCCUGGGUUUGGAUUGCCAGGGUUUGAAAAAGGGUGGGGACAUGGGAUCGUAGGCGGUGGCUAUGGAGCUGGCUUCGGAGGUCCUACCGGAGGGUACUCAAAAGGUGGUGUUAUUAGAACUACGGUUGUUUGCAAAGAAAAAGGUCCUUGUUUUAACAAGAAGCUAACCUGCCCUGCUAAGUGCUUCACCUAUUUUAGUCGGUCGGGAAAAGGUUACGGUGAGGGUGGCGGUGGCGGUGGCUGCACCAUGGAUUGUAAGAAAAAAUGCAGUGCUUACUGUUAAGAGGGUAAUAUACAGUAUAAGUACUAGCUAUAUCAUUAAUAUCUAGUUGCUUAACCAUGUAUGAUUAUAUAUGAGAUGCAUUGAGUAGCUUUUAUUAAAAGUUAAAUAAUAUACAUCAUUUAUGGGGGUA